AGAAAAUGCCCAAAAACAAAAAAUUAAAUAAAAAAUCAGCCUUAUCUGGCAAAGAUGAUCUUCUUCUCGACCUUGCCAAAAAUCCAAUAUUUAAUGAAAUGCCCAUCAAGAAAAAUAAAAUCAAGAUUGACAAGCGUUUUGAGGCAAUGCUUACUGACAAACGCUUCGAUGAUCGGGAUUUUCGUGUGGAUAAAAGAGGAAAACCAGUUAGAGGAAAAGGAGGAAACUUUGCGAAGAGAAUAUAUGAAAUGAGUGAAGGGAGCGAGGAAAGUGAUGAAAAGGGAAGUGAAGUUUACGAUGAGGAAGGAGAGGAAAAUGACGAUGAAGAUACCGAGGAAGUGGAUGAGGGCAAAAAUGGGAGUAACGAGGAAAAAAAUGAUGAGGAAGAAAAUGAUCAAGAAGAGAAGGAUGAUGACGACGAAGAUGACGAAUCUAGCGACGACGAUGAAUUGCCUCAAAUUUCAUUGGAUUUAGCUAGAGGUGAAGCACCGGACGUUAAUUCUAGUAGCAGUGAAGAUGAAGAAGAUAAAUCUGAGAUUUCUGAUGAAGAAAAUACUGGGCCAGACUUGGAAGAGGGAGUUAGACGUGUGGAAUGGGCAAGUACUCGCCUGGCAAUUUGUAAUAUGGAUUGGAGUAAAAUUAGUGCCGAGGCUUUAAUGAUUGUCAUCCAAUCACUAAAGCCGUCCUCAGGUGUAAUCCAUUCAGUUUCCGUUUAUCUGUCAGAUUUUGGAGCAGAACGUUUAGAAUAUGAAAAAUUACAUGGACCAAAGAUUAUCGUGCAACCAUCAAAAAGAAAAGAUCAAAGCGAUUUGGAAGAGCGAACUCGUCAAGCAAUUCACGCUUACGAACUCGAUCGUCUUCGUUAUUAUUAUGCUGUUUGUCAUUGUGAUACUUUAGAAACAGCAAUCGCCAUUUAUGAGGCCUGUGAUGGUGUUGAAUAUGAAUCCAGUGGUGAAAAUAGACUUCGUGACAGAGUAACCCAAGAAGAAAUUAAUUUGGCUAGAUUUAAACCAAAGAAUGUAAAAACCCAUCCAUUACAAUGCUCAAAUCCAAAGCUUAGCUGGGAAGAAGGAGAUUUGGAAAGAAAAAUGAAAAUGAAGAAUGCUUUUGGACCUGAAACAAAAUUGGAAGAUUUUGAAUCUUUAGUCGCCCCUGGUUCAGAUGAAGAUGAAGAGACACAGAAAAAUCGUUACCAAAUACUUAUUUCUGCUGCUAGAGAAUCAGCUUUGGAAAAAGGAGAUAUGUUUUCUGUUAAACAAUUUUCUAAUAAAGAAGAAAAGGAAGAAACCAAACUUUUGUCUGAUGAAAAGUUUGUGUCAUUAAAUGAUAAAAAAGAUGGAAUUGUGGAAGAUUCUGAUGAAGAUUCUGCUGAAAAUGAAGAAAUAACUAAAAAAAAGAAACAAACAAAAUUUCAAAUUUAUUUGGAAAGAAAAAAGAAAAUUAAAGCAGAAAGAAAGAAAAAAGAAUUGGAACAAAGAAAGGAAAGAAAGAGACAAAAUAAAGGAGAAAAUGAGGAAGAUGAUGGAAACAAUGAGAAAAAUGAUGAUAAUGCAAAUUGGCAUCAUGUAAAGAAAGAUGAAAGGUUUACAGCUCUCUUUCAUGAUAGUGCAUUUGCGAUAGAUAAAACACAUUCUCAAUAUAAAGGAGGGGAUUUAGCUAAUAGGCAGGUUUAUGGCAAAAUAUCGCAAAAAAGACGGAUAGAAACAACGACAAAUGAUUUAUUACCUGAUAUGGAGGAUAAUAAUUCUUUGGUAGAAAGAUUGAAAAGGAAACAAAAGAAAUUAAUGGAAAAUACAAAAAAAUUUAUCGAAAUGACCAGCACAAGUAGCACACCAGAAGAAGCAGGAAGUGAUGAUUCUUUUUAUGAUUCUGAUCUAGACGAAGAAUUCGCGGAUGCAGCAAAUCGUUCAGUUCAUGAUCCAAGCACACCUUUCGUUCCUGUUCAGGAAUCUCCCAGAGAGGAAAAGAAACUUGGCACAACUCUGUCUGGUAGAAGGUUAGGAUCUAUGGAUAGUGCAAAAGCAUCAAAAUCAGUUCUGGAAGAGUGCACAACAAUCCCAGAAGUUGACUCAACCGAUGAGGAAACGGAGAAUAUCAACAAAAACAGUCAGGUUAAUUUAAAUCUGACACCAAUGAGGACAUUUUCUGCUGCCAACAAAUCACCAAACCCUUCAUUUAUUCGGGCUUCCUUUUUUUAUUGUGAAGCAAAGGAGAAGUUAAACAAAAAUAAGGAUGAUAGAGAAGAAACACCUCCAUUGAAAGAAACUUCUUGUGUUGUUGAAGACAAUAUAACGUGUGAAAGGAGUGAAAAUAAAGAGACUUGA